AUGGUGAAGGAUCAAAUGUGGGAAAGGGUAGGCUUUCAACCCGUGGGUUGGAUCUUGAAGAGUACUAGUGAGCAAGUAUUUAGCUGCAACCUAGCGACAUUUUCAUUCAAGCAUUUCGGAACUCUACUAGUCAAAGUAAAGGAAAAACAAGCCAAGCUUCUCUCUUUCUCAUUCAAAUAUUUCCACUUUGUUGUUUAUCUUCCUGGUUUCAAGACUGAUCAGCUUAAAAUUCAGAUCGACCGGCAUGGAACAUUGAAGGUUACUGGAGAACGACAUCUUGCAGAUAACAAAUGGAGCCAUUUCCACAAGGAAUUUCUCACUCCAAAAUACUGUAACGAGAAUGAGAUUAGAGCUAAGUUUUCCAAUGGUGUUCUUUACAUUACAAUACCCAGACCAAUUACUAAAGUUGCCUCAAAAGAUGAAGCUAUGCCGAAGCAACAAGGAACACCAAAUCAAGAAACUGAGAUGGGCCAGAAGUCUGAUAAGGUAAAUGGUGGCGUCACAGGACAGCAACAAGAGAAGAAAACAGAAGAUGCUAAGAAGGAAAUGAAUGGAAUAGAUGGGAAACUUGCAGGUGAAGAAGGUGCAGAAAGUGGUGGAAAGAUGAUUGGAUCCAAGGAAAAUCAAGUAGUUGAUCCUCAAAAACAAAGAAGCAGUUCUAGGUUAGGUUUGGGUAUGAGCUUCAGGUUUAAGCAGCCAAGAAGAGCAAUCGUGAAUAUCACAGUGGCCAUUGCUGUGGUGGUGGCUUUAGGGGUUUAUGCAAAGUAUAGACUUCAUCAUUCGGCAGAGUAUGAGACUCUGGAAGCUAAUCUUGCUUUGUAAUUUCAGUUCCAUGUCCAAAGUUUCUCAUCAUCAUGGCUCUGUAAAAUAAGUUGGAAAUAUUUAUUCAUUAAUCCCCAAUUGAUAUUUAUUCUAGUGGAAAUUACAAUAUUACUUAA